GAUACUUUCACACCAUUUGAUUCCUUUUUCCCAAAAUCAGUAUCAACCAGUCAGAAUCUCACUUAUUUCUGCACAAAAUCUGUUCAAAUCCACCAAAAUCACCACUAAAUCCUCACAAUUUCCACUUCAAACCGAUCAAUUUCAUCCUCAAUUCGGUACAAUUUUGCCAUAAUAGCUCAAUUCAUUAUUUCUAGGGUUUUCAACCACUCAUCAAUGAUCAUGUUGCGUAUCGUCUCUAUUUUCGUCUCUUAAACCUUGCAAUUACGUCUCCGUGUUUAGUUAAAGCGAUCGUGUUGAUUGUUAGGGUUACGGUUUUGGUUUUGUUCGAAUUUUGGUUGCGAUCUGUGACAUGAAGAUCGAGGAUUUGGAUGAUUUGACGGAUGUGAAAAGUGAUCAACGAAUUGUUGAUUAUAGUGUUAGUAGGUAUGUUGUUACGGUGGAUGCUAAGAGAGCGUUGGUAGGUGCCGGUGCUCGGAUCCUGUUUUACCCUACGCUUUUGUAUAAUGUUUGUCGGAAUAAGAUGCAAGCGGAGUUCCGGUGGUGGGACGAAAUUGAUCAGUUUCUUCUGCUGGGUGCUGUUCCGUUCCCAAAAGAUGUUCCUCGAUUGAAACAACUUGGCGUUGGUGGUGUUAUUACUCUCAACGAGCCUUUUGAAACGUUGGUUCCCACUUCCUUGUACCGAGCUCAUGACAUAGACCAUCUCGUUAUUCCAACGAGAGAUUACCUAUUUGCCCCUUCAUUUAUUGACAUUGACCGAGCAGUUAAUUUCAUUCACAGGAAUGCAAGCAGCUGCAAGACCACAUAUGUUCACUGCAAAGCUGGUAGGGGAAGAAGUACAACAAUUGUGCUUUGCUAUUUGGUGGAAUACAAGCACAUGACUCCUGCUUCUGCUUUGGAAUACGUGCGAUCUAGACGACCUAGAGUCCUCUUGGCUCCAUCUCAAUGGAAGGUGAUUCACGAAUACAAACAUUGGCGGUUAGCUUCAACCGCCACACCCUCACCAUCAGUGGAUGCUGUUUUAAUUACAAAGGCCGAUUUAGAAGGGUAUAAUAGCCCAUCACGUGGCGGAAAAGAACUAGCGCUUGCUCCACAAGUAGCAAAAGCCAGCCCAAUGAUGGCAAAACUGUCCUGCCUUUUUGCAUCUUUAAAAGUUUCUGGUUACACACCUAUUAAUGUGAAGCUAACCGAGGCACCCGCCUGUUAAUUAACUAAUAAUAAUUAACCGCGGGCUUAGCAGCAAGAAGUCGGUUUUGGUGUUGCUGGUUUUUAUAUAAAAGGUAUGUGGUAACGCGCAAUAAUGGGGAUCACACGCAUGAGGUAUUAUGAAUAUUAUGAAUACGAUUUCUGUAUAUAUGUGUUGGUUUUCUAAACAUAUUGUCAUGUCAUGAUAAGUAAUUUCUAAACAUGUGAUGCCAUGGUGUAUGCAUCUUUCGGUUUUAUGUUUGAUCCUGGCUGAUAGUGCUCACAUAUUUGGAUCCGUUUUACAUUCGGUAGUUUUUAA